CUUUUUAAAUUGUUUUCUUCAAAUGCAACACUUCAAAAUUACCUAUAAAUAGGUAAUAAUACAUUGUAACAAGAUCAAAUGUGGUUUACAUUUUACAACAUGAAAUUGAUACUUCUUACCAGUUUAGUGAGCGUGGUCCUUGGAGGACGAUUGGAUUCUGGCUACCUCCCUCCUACGGUGGGAAGAUACACGCCUGGAAUAGGACCAUUUGGCAGAGCGUUAGGAACAUUCGGAGGUGUAGGAGCUCCAUUCGCGGGAGGUCCAGUAGUACCAGGAGCACCAUUUGCGGGUGCCCCUGGAGCACCAUUUGCUGGUGGCCCUGGAGCACCAUUUGCUGGUGGCCCUGGAGCACCACUUGCUGGUGGAUCAGGAGGUGCCUUCGGAGGCAGAGGAUAUUAUGGGGGUUACUAUGAUGGUUACAGAGGUGGACCACAAAUUCCUAUUUUAAGGUAUGAGAACAAUCCAAAUAGAGGUGACGGAUCUUAUAACUACUUAUAUGAAACUGGCAAUGGAAUUGUAGCAGAAGAAAGAGGAUUUCUCAAACCUCUAGGUCCAGAGGGUACACAACAAGCCGAAGGAGGUUUUUCGUACACGGCUCCGGAUGGUCAAAGAAUAAGUUUGCAGUAUACUGCUGACGAAAAUGGUUUUAGGCCUGUAGGAGCGCAUCUUCCCACGCCUCCACCUAUACCAGAUGCUAUUCUAAGAUCAUUAGAACAAAAUAGACUAGAGGAAGCAAGAGGAGGGUACACCGAUGAUGGACAAUACAGAUCUGGACUGAACUACGAAGGAAGUGGAUACAGAUAUUAAUGACCAUCAAAAUUUUAGCAAAAGUCUGAUUUAAAUCGGUGUUAUAAAAAUAUAUUUAUAAUUGCCAGUAUAGAAUAUUUUUCAAGCAAUAAAUAGAUUUUUAUAUAA